CUUGGUGUGCGCUUUUGAACUGUUGAUAUGGACGAUAUCAUAAUAUUGAUUGACUUUGUCUUGUGGUGUUGUUUAACUCCAAUGUGCUCCCAUUGUGGUUGAUUUGUGUAAUUUGGGCUUGCCAGUACUUGUUUUUUUAAUGUGUGAUAAUAGCUAUCUUAUAUUAGAACAACCCGUUAGCCUUUUCAUGUGGAAUAAAUGUUCUCAGCUUCUCUCUUCUGUUUCACCUUUUCAGGUUGCUUUCUUUGGUCGUGCUGUUGAUAUCUUUGCAACUGAAACCAAAUUAACUGUCCUAAUUCAUACUGCUGAAAUUUUUAUAUGAUAGGAAGAGACAAAAGCAGAACCCUUUGGAGGGUGUUAAAGAUUGAUAGAUUGGAUCCAUCUGAGCUAAACAUUCUUGAAGAUUCCACAACGUACACAGAUAUUGAGUGCUACGACCUUCUAAAACGGAUACAUGAAGGAAACAAGUCAAUGGGUGGACUUAAGUUUAUCACCAUUUGUUAUGGAAUUGUUGGGUUCGUGAAGUUUCUGGGACCUUAUUACAUGCUUAUUAUUACAAAAAGAAGGAAGAUUGGAGCAAUUUGUGGUCAUACUAUCUACGCGAUUAGCAAGAGCGAAAUUAUUCCAGUUCCAAAUUCUUCUGUGCUGUCAAACUUGGCUUAUUCUAGAAAUGAGAACAGGUCUUUUGUCCAUUCUUCAUGUAAAUGUAAUAUGUACCUGAUACUUCUAAAGAGAUCUAAGAAAGUAGCUUUCAGAAUUUUACAUCGUCCAGUUGUACUUUGAUAAGAAUCAUGUCAUCUUCAAAUUGAGAAGUUUUGUUUGUCU